GUGGAUAUGGGAGGUGCCGUUAGACACGCCUUCCUCGUACACAGCGCGUAAUCGCUGCCUGCACUCUCCAGAGAAGGGGAGGUGGAGAAUCGCUGUGACGACGGAGAUACACACAUAUAUAUUAAUAGAGUAGGAUAGGGAUAAACAAGGGAAACGGGGAACGAAGGAAGCUUCAGCAAGGCGGAUGAACCGAGCCCGGAGCUGCAUUAACCCCGGAACAUGCCGAACCAGAAGAACGCCAAGGGCAGGAAAAACAAGCGCACCAACAGCAGCGGAGACGAGCAGGAGGCUGCGGCCGGAGCUGCCUCCUUGACGGCCGGAACCGGAGGGGCAGGAUCGGCGGCCGGAGGCGCUGCAUCGGGCCAGUCCGAGACAGGCAACGAUCACGAAGCUCCGUGCGCCACGCCACUGGUGUGCAGCUUCGGUCGGCCGGUUGAUCUGGAGAAGGACGAUUACCAGCGUGUGGUCUGCAACAACGAGCACUGCCCCUUCGGUAACUGGAUGCACCUGCAGUGUUUCUACGAGUGGGAGAGCAGCAUCCUGGUGCAGUUCAACUGCAUUGGCCGUGCCCGCAGCUGGAAUGAGAAGCAGUGUCGCCAGAACAUGUGGACCAAGAAGGGCUACGACCUGGCCUUCCGCUUCUGCUCCUGCCGCUGCGGACAGGGCCACCUGAAAAAGGACGUGGACUGGUACCAGGCUCGGCGGAGGCAGGACGAAAAGAAGAAGAAGGUGAGCUCCAUGGGUGCCAAGGCUGGCGAGCCACCUCCCGAGGAGGGUAAGAAAUGCAAACUCAAUCGGGCGCCCCGCUCCCACGAUGCUCAGCGCCGGCACUCGGCAGACCGGCAGAACUCUCAGGAGAAAGGGGUGGGCAGCAACCAGGCUCCCGGGCACAAGGACCACUUCAGGUCGCCGUGCGGCUCACCGCCAGAGCCGUCCCCUCCGCCCUCGGCUCACCCCUACCUCUCCUUCUCCACCGGCAUGCCCCGCGGCUCCCGGCACCUCGGCGAGUUCCUCAAGACGGCGCUGCACGGGGGCGACGCCUGCCGUAAGUUGAUGCCCAGCGGCGGGCGCUACGGCCAGCAAGAGCUGGGACCCUCAGCCCCUCGCCUGGGCGCCCUGGACUCUCCGGUGCAGUUUCUGCGCCGCCUGGACCUGUCUGAGCUGCUCACUCACGUGCCCAAGCACAAGAUGAACACGUACCACGUGCGCAUGGAGGAUGAUGCCCAGGUGGGCCAGGGCGAAGAGCUGAGGAAGUUUAUCCUGGCGGCACUCAGCGCCAGUCAGAGGAACGUGGUGAACUGCGCGCUGUGCCACAAGGUCCUCCCAGUCUUUGAACUCUUCCCGCUGGUGGACGGGACUCUGUUUCUCAGCCCUUCCAGACACGACGAGAUAGAGUAUGAUGUCCCCUGUCACCUCCAAGGUAGGUCACGGUGA